AAAAAAUUUAAUUAAAAAAUGGUUGAUACUUAUAGUGAAUGUUCAAAAAGUGCAUACAACAACUCACAUUCUGAAAGUUUACUUCAAAAAUGGAACAUUCCAGUAUCUCAUUUAGAUUUUGAAUAUAUAAAGAACUGUAAUAAUGCAAAAGAACUUGAAAGAAUUUUACGUAUAUUACGUUCGGGGCAAGAAGGUCAUUAUCCCGAACUUACAAAAUGUGCUGAAGAACGUUUAAGUGCUGUUAAUCCGAAAAGCAGAGCUUUGUUGGUUAACAAACCGAUUUUGAAUAAGUUUACUUGUGACGCUGAAGAAUGGAAUAAUAUUUGUCAAGAUAUACAGAAUUGGCAAGAAGAAGUUUCAAUAAUCGAUGGUGAUUUACAAGACAGUAAAAAUUUGAAAAUCAAAACAAAUUUACCGGAUGUACGAAAAGUAAAUGAAACAGAAAAACCUAAAAAUGAUAAUGAUAAACCGAAAGUAAAUCGUAUAAAAUCGUGGGAUUAUGCUGCUUGGGAUAAAUAUGAUCCUGAAGUAGAAUUAGUACGUGAACAAUUAGAGGAAGAAAAACUCAAAAAGGAAAAACUUAAAAAAGAAGCACAAGAAAAAAUAAAAAAUGUACAAAAGAAGAAAAAGUCUGUAUGUUUUGAUGACACAGAAAAUCUUACAGAAACGGAAUCUUUAAUUUUAUCGAAUCGUGAAAAAGAUUUGGGCAAUGAGUGUUUUAAAGCGAAUGAUUUUGAAGAAGCAAAAAAAUAUUAUACAAAUAGUAUCAAAUUACGACCAACGGCUGCAGCGUACAAUAAUCGAUGCAUUGCAAAUAUUAAACUUAAAAAGUAUAAAGAAGCUUUGGAUGAUAGCGCACAGGUAUUAAGGAGAGAACCAGAAAAUACUAAAGCAUUAUUUAGGAAAGCACAAGCCUAUAAUGGUUUAAAGGAUUACACGAAUGCUUUUGAAACCCUUGAUCAAUUAAUUUCAAUUGAUCCAAAUAAUACCUCUGCUCAAAGUUUGAUGAACGAUGUUAGAAAUAAAGUAACUGGUAUCUCACCGCCACAAAGACAAAGAUUAAUAAUUGAAGAAAUUGACGAUGAUGGAAAUGUUAUAAACAAUGAUGAAAAACCAAUUUCCAAAACGAAAAAAGUUGUUGUUCCCAUUCCUAGUACAUCAAAAUUUCAAGGUCCUAACAUUAAGAUAAUGGAAGUGACGGAACCUGUUAAAGACACAACGAAAUCAUAUGACUUUAAAAAUUUAACUAACAAUAAUCCUGCAAAGAAAUUACAAAUCAAACCUAAAUCAAAUAUAUCUAUGUCACCUAAAAUUGUUGAAAUCGAUACUGAUUCGAAUUCAAAUAUUAAUUCCUCUUCUCAAAAAAAGAUUGAAGAGAUUAAGAGUGAUUGUAAUUUGAGCGUUUCAUCAAAAAUAGUUGAAAUUGAUCAUGAUUCAAAUUCUGAUGUCAAUUCCAUUACGUCAAAAAAGAUUGAAGAGAUUAAAAAUUAUUCGAACUCAAUCGUGUCGUCAAAAAUUGUUGAUAUUAAUAAUGACGGAAAUUCAAAUAUGAAGAGUCCGAACAUUGUCGAAAUUGAUGAUGCGCUAGGUGCCCAAAAUUCAAUCAUAAAUGAUUCACUUUCGAUUAUUAAUACAAAAAUAUCGAAUUUGGAAAUUGUCGAGAGCGUCAAGCCAAAAAUGAGUCCAUCAGCAGUAGAAAAGAAUACAAUUGUUGUAGGAAUCGAAAAUACACCUGAAAAAAUUGAUUCAGCAAAUUGUAAUUUAGGUAGUGAAAAAUUACAAAUGGAUAUCAAUGAUAAUCCAGAAAAUACUGAACCCUACUUUGAGAAUCCUAAAUCAUUAAAUACACAACCAAAUGGCGAAAAUCUCGAAAAUGUAAUUCCUAUUUCUCAAAUAUUACCACCUCAAGUGGAAUAUUACGCAAAUAAUUUUGACAGAGAUCAAGAAAAUAAUUUAAUAAAUUCAACGACAAAACUGGAUGAUAAUACUGUUAUGAGUAAACGGAUUAAAAUUGAUAAAGGUGGCAGUGGUGAACCUUGUAAUAAUGAAGAAACCGAUUUGAUUCAAACACCAUAUGAAUUUACAAGAGCUUGGCAAGGAAUUAAAGAUCGUAAUGAUCUAAUUAGUCGCGCAAAAGUUAUAAGACGUAUUCCACCAGGAAAUUUAUUAACAGUUUUAGGUAACAAACUGGAUGGACCGAUGUUUAGCUCUUGGUUGGAAUGCUUACAUUUAUACUUUUGUACACCAAGUGAUGUGGAUAUUGUCGAACAAUUUUUCAAUGAAAUAAUUCAUGUACCACGAUUUGAUAUAAUUGCAAUGUUUAUGAAUGAUUCAGAUAAAAUAGCUGUUAGUAAUUUAAUAUCAUUUUUAAAUCAACAUGGAAGACAUCUUUCAGAUCAUGUUGUUCUAGCGUUUGAUGCAAAAUUUUAA